UGGAAUUUCUUCUUACCGCGUGAAACUUCGUGGCAUAAAACAUAAAUAUAAUACACAAGCACGUUUCCGGUAUUUUCUGGAUCGCUAGGGUUUCUGAGAAAAAUGAAAGGAGGAGCAGAAGGAGGAGGAGGAGAAGAAGAGGUGGUAUCUCUCGAUCUUCUAAAGAAGAAAAUGGAUGAUUUCGCAAAGGAAAGAGAUUGGGAGAAGUUUCACAGCCCAAGGAACCUCCUUUUGGCGAUGGUGGGAGAAGUUGGGGAGUUAUCAGAGAUAUUCCAGUGGAAAGGCGAGGUGCCGAGAGGGCUUCCUGGUUGGAAAGAGGAAGAGAAAGUUCAUCUUGGAGAAGAGUUAUCAGAUGUUUUGCUCUAUCUGGUGAGGCUGUCAGAUGUCUGCGGCAUUGAUUUGGGCAGUGCUGCUCUGCGCAAGCUCCAGCUCAAUGCCAUCAAGUACCCUCUCAAAGCCAAUGCACAAGAUGACCACCAGUGCAAUCAGUGAAAGAUGAACCAGCUUCUGACCUCAAAGAUUUGACCUUUUUUUUAUAUAUAUAUAUGACAUAAAGAAACAGGUAAUUAGCAGAAUUAUGGAGUGUUAAACUUGGGUUUUAAUCGGGUUUUUAUAGCUUUUGGUUUGGGUGGAAAAAAAAACUUGAAAAGUUGGUAAAGAAGCGCCUUUGUUAUUUUGGAUAUGUGGGUUUUGGGUUUUGGUGCUUCUUCUGUUGGAUUUAAGAGUGUGAGUUGGGAUCAAGAACAUACCCUAAUGAUGAUUAGUCUUAACCCAUGUUUUGGUUCUCGUUUUAA